AACUGCGUUCCUUUCCUGGUCUGUUACUUUUGAAGUGCCCUGAACGAGGUUCAGAGAGGCCGCCGCCGCCAUCGGAGGCGCUUUUCUACAGCCCUGAGACCUCUCAGUGUCCAGCUACUCCGGUCCUUGCCCUUUGACCCUGCUCUCGCGGCGGGGUGAGAGGUCGGUGGCCAUCUUGUGGCGGCGGCGCGGGCGGCUGUUACUGCGGAGACCCAUCCCCCUCCCCCCUUACCCGCCUGGCUGUCUGUCAGUCAGUGGAGAGUCCAGCAGGAGGUCCGGUGGGGUCCCGGCCUCGUGCUGUCGCUCUUCCCGCCGCACUGGGCGGCCCAGGCCGCUCCCUGCCGGGCCUCACCGCCGCCACCAUGUCCUCGUUCUCGGAGUCGGCGCUGGAAAAGAAGCUCUCGGAGCUGAGCAACUCUCAGCAGAGCGUGCAGACCCUGUCCCUGUGGCUCAUCCACCACCGCAAGCACGCAGGACCCAUCGUCUCGGUGUGGCACCGCGAGCUCCGCAAAGCCAAAUCAAAUAGAAAGCUUACUUUUCUGUACUUAGCAAAUGAUGUCAUCCAAAACAGUAAAAGGAAAGGACCUGAAUUCACUAGAGAAUUUGAAUCUGUCCUUGUGGAUGCUUUUUCUCAUGUUGCCAGAGAGGCAGAUGAAGGCUGUAAAAAACCUUUAGAAAGAUUGCUGAACAUCUGGCAAGAAAGAAGUGUGUAUGGCGGCGAGUUCAUACAGCAGCUGAAGCUGUCUAUGGAGGACUCCAAGAGCCCUCCCCCCAAAGCCACAGAGGAGAAGAAAUCUCUGAAGCGAACUUUUCAGCAGAUACAGGAGGAGGAGGAUGACGACUACCCUGGAAGCUACUCUCCCCAGGACCCUUCUGCAGGACCCCUCCUGACUGAGGAACUAAUCAAAGCUUUGCAGGACCUGGAAAAUGCCGCGUCAGGGGAUGCUACAGUCCGACAGAAAAUUGCUUCUUUGCCCCAGGAAGUACAAGAUGUUUCUCUAUUGGAAAAAAUAACAGACAAAGAGGCAGCUGAACGUCUUUCAAAAACAGUAGAUGAAGCAUGUCUGUUACUAGCAGAAUAUAACGGGCGCCUGGCGGCAGAACUGGAAGACCGGCGCCAGCUGGCUCGGAUGUUGGUGGAGUAUACCCAGAACCAGAAAGAUGUUUUAUCAGAAAAGGAGAAAAAACUAGAAGAAUAUAAACAGAAGCUCGCUCGGGUAACCCAGGUUCGCAAGGAACUGAAGUCCCACAUUCAGAGCCUGCCAGACCUCUCUUUGCUGCCCAACGUCACAGGGGGCUUGGCCCCCCUGCCCUCUGCUGGUGACCUGUUUUCUACCGACUAGGGAAGGUGUCGUGCCCCAGAUUCCCAUCUCUACCACCAGAAAGAGGAGGGCAAGUCACGGUUGGAAAUAACCUUGUAGCCCCUGGUUCUGUCCCUCCUUCCGCCUGGCCCCCAGCCUCCCAGCCUCAAGAAAGAACCACAGACUAAUUCUCCUCUCAAGCCUCUCCUGUUGAGCACAAUUCAGAACAGGGGCCAGUGGAAUCCAGUUUUAGAUUGAUAUUUGGAAAGAAUAUAAACUCCUCCACUUUGUGUUUUUAUGUCCCUGUUGGUUUUCCAUUCUUAGCUCUCUCUUUAUACCCAAGAGUUAUGAAAAUCAUGUGUACUUCUGGAAGCUUUCAGAAGAAUCUCAUCCCUGAUGAUAGUGUUGUGUCACAAAAGCAGCUUCUGAGGUGGGCUUGUGCGGGUUCAGUACAGGCUUCCACGGAGGGACUCCCUCUGGAGUCACUGGCUUUUCCUGACUCCACUAACCCCAAAGGGAGGCACAACUGUUGAGCAGCUUUGCCACACAUAAGGAGUUUGCCAAAUCUCUGAUUCUCCUUUCCCAUUACUUCUAGCUAGCUAUGUGUAGUCAAGGGUCAGGUGCAUUUGUUUUGUAAGCAGACUAGAGAAUCUUGCAAGAAGAUUCGAAGCUGAUCUGGGCCAUAAAGUCACACUUCAGAGACAGAGUAACAGGAAUUACAAGUAUGAGUUGAAAAUAAGUAAUUUGCUUCAGGUUCCUACAAACAACCUUCCCAGGCUGCCCCUAGGAAGGGCCCACCCAGUACCAUAGAGCGCAUCCCUAAGAACACAACCUUUGACCGUAGUGGGUUGGACAGGUGCGUUUUAGAAAUGUCAGUGGCGGGCUCCAAAAGCUAAAGGCAUGCUGAGAGCCCAGGCUCUGUGUGGGCGUCGCUUUGACCCUUUCUUUUGGGGACUAGGGCACACAGUAACAUUUAAUUCACCGUGAGAGCAGAUGUCCUCAGGAUGGUGACUAAACUUGAAUACCUCCCUUGCAAAUAUGACACUGUGCAUGGUCAUCUGUCCAUCAGUUCACUGCGUGUGACCCUGGGCCCAGGAGCACUUUGUGUCACGUGUUCCUAGAUAGCUCAUCUCGGGCAGGGGGAGGGGGAGUCGGGGGUGUUAAUUUGGGGUUUUAACUCUUUUAUCAUGCCAGCUGACGUUACUACUAUAUAACGUAGUUAGGAUUUUUACCUUGCUCUUAGUAAAGGUUAGGCCUGCUAACUCUAAAUCAUUCUAAUUUGGCAGGCUUAUUUUUGACAUUGGAAAGGGCAGAAAACAAUUUGCCCCAAUAGCGUAAUAAGAAUUAUAGCCCAGAGGCUAAAAUCCCAAAGCUGUAAAAAUGGAUCCUGUGGAGGGGGCUUCAAAAUCUCCAUUAUGUUACGGAUUACCAAAAAGCCAGGUACAUGUAAUUUUACAUGUUAAACCAUAACCUAUGUUUUAAAAAAUAUUGCAGGCUUCCCUUGGAGGAGCCCUCCUGCCUGCCGUGAAGUGAGGGCAGAGGAAGUCCUGGCGGGUGUUCAGCUUAACUCUGUAGAGCCCGGUAGCAUUUAAGCUAUUGUUCAGAUUGGAAUAUGGACUGUGUAUUGUUUCUUACUGACACUGACUGUUGUCCUGUCAUUAUUAAAUUAAUGAGUCUGUCAAUAGUUUUCCUCUCAGAGGCCAUUGGGCAGGGGGCGACGUGACUGAAAUUGCAGGAUGAACUCCAGUCGUGGCUGUCUCUGCACCUGCCCCCCGCCCCCCGCCCCGCCCAUGCGCUGUGCUGCUUUCCUCCUGUCAAGAGCAUGUUUCUCAGCAGACCCUUGGACGUUCUCUGUGCUUCACCAAGGAAGCAGAACUUUACUAACCCCAGAAGAACCCCCCAAAAGAGAAUAGUAGAUACUUGCUCUGAUCAGCUCGAUGAAAUGUUAUAACUGAAUGGAUCUUGCCCACUGUGAUGUUUUCGUCUGAUUGAGUCUGACCAGCAAUUGGUGCAUAAUUAUUACAGCAAGAGCAAGAAGUGAAACUAGCAAUUAUGUAAAUGAAUGUGUUGACCUCUUAACAUGUGUUACUAGUGGACUUCCUGUGAGGAAGUUAGUUUGGAUUAUUUUUCUUUUUUUAAUGAAAUGCUUUUGGUUUUUAAAACUUAAUUCUCUCAUAUUCUCCCCAAGUGUGCUUACUUCAUUUGUUUAAUUUAAGGAUCUGGUGGGGAGGGGUGGGGUGGGUGGUUUUUGUUUUGUGCUUUUCCUUCUUUACUUAGGGCAUCCAUUGACCUCAGAGGACAUUUCCUUUAGGUCUUAUUCCUCAGAAAGUCUUCAUUCUUCCCCCUUUUUUCUUAAAGAAUAUUUUUAAAACUUAAAUUUGUAUAUUAAUUUAGGACUUUAUUUAGAAGUAUAGGCUGUCUUUGGUGGCAGCAGUAUAUUCUGAAAUGUCUCAUAGAUAUAUAUUUUUGAAUAAAG